AAUCAGAGGCCAAGUUUAUCAUAAAAUAGGCUCAUUGCUGCCAAUGCCAAACGAACCACAUAAAUUUUUACAAAUCUACUUUAUGGGCGGCGAGGACUCCGGAAGCGCACUAGCCAAUCGGGUGGAUGCACGUUGUGGCUACAAUAACCUUGAUUCAUUCUUUGCUAGACGCAUCGUCAGCGAGCUGGAUGCUCUAUUGAAUGAGCAUAAUGAAUUGUUGAAAAUAUUCAAAUCCCACAUGCACAAAUUAGAAAGCGAUAAUCACGCUAUUGUUAUUAAUCCUGAUAAAACACCAGCUGGAGAACACAUUCGUAGAUUCAAUGCACCUGUUGCUGACGACGUUGCUGGAAUCAUGGUUGGCGAUCGUACAGGUGCACGAGAAAUUGUGAUUCGUAGGAGAAAUAAUAAUCUUCAGUUCAUUGCUGAUACACACCGUUCAUAUGACGCUCUCCAAUAUCCGCUAAUCUUCUGGAAGGGACAAGACGGAUAUAGCAUAAAUAUUAAACAACGAGAUCCCGUAUCAGGAGCCGAAACAAACAAGAACGUUAGCUCGAAGGAUUAUUAUGCGUAUAGAUUGAUGAUUAGACGCGGGCUGGAUAACGUCAUUCUACGAUUUCGAGAGCUUUGUCAACAAUUCAUGGUCGACAUGUACGCGAAGAUAGAAGGCGAACGACUACGAUACUUACGAUAUAAUCAACUCAAGCUACGUGUGGAAGAGUACAUUCACUUGCGAGACGCUAUUGUCAACAACGCCGACGCCGCCGAAAUUGGUAACUCUGUCAUUCUACCAUCAUCGUACGUAGGCAGUCCACGUCAUAUGCAAGAGUAUAUACAGGAUGCUCUGACUUUCGUGCGCGAAUAUGGGCGACCGUGUUUAUUUAUCACGUUCACAUGUAAUCCAAAAUGGCCAGAGAUUACAUCUUUGCUGUUGCCUGGCCAAAAUGCAAUACAUCGUCAUGACAUUACAGCACGUGUGUUUAGACAAAAGCUGAAGUCAUUAAUAAAUUUUAUUACUAAAUCACAUGUAUUCGGUCCCACACGUUGCUGGCUGUAUUCGGUUGAGUGGCAAAAGCGAGGAUUACCUCAUGCCCACAUUUUGGUUUGGUUAAUCGACAAAAUCCGUCCUGAAGAAAUAGAUAAUAUAAUUUCUGCAGAAAUUCCCGAUCCGUCUACUGAUCAAUUGCUGUUUGAUAUUGUUACAGCAAACAUGAUUCAUGGCCCAUGCGGUACUUUUAAUCGUUCAUCGCCUUGCAUGUCAGAUGGAAAAUGUACAAAAAAUUUUCCUAAAGAUUUCACUAACGAUACAAUCACAAAUGUCGACGGAUAUCCAAUAUAUCGUCGAAGGAAUCCAGAUAAUGGCGGACAAUCAUUUAUUAAAAACAUCAGCAACACAGACAUUGAUAUUGACAAUCGUUGGGUCGUGCCAUAUUCGCCCCUGCUGAGCAAAACAUACAAUGCUCAUAUUAAUGUUGAGUUCUGCAGUUCUGUGAAUAGCAUCAAAUACAUUUGCAAGUAUGUCCAUAAAGGCAGUGACAUGGCGGUGUUUAGAGUGGAAAAUACCAAUGUGAAUGCUCCUCCAGUAAAUAAAAACGAUGAAAUAACGCUCUACCAAAUAGGUCGGUACAUCAGCUCCAAUGAAGCUGUUUGGCGUAUCUUUGGUUUUCCAAUUCAUGAACGGGAUCCAGCAGUUGUUCAGUUAGCCGUUCAUCUUGAAAAUGGUCAGCGUGUAUAUUUCACGAACGAGACAGCGAUUGAUCGUGCUAUAAAUCCACCAAAAACUACACUCACUGAAUUUUUUGAAUUGUGUAAUCGUGCGGAUGAUUUUGGUGCCUUUGCACUGAAUCCAAGACAGACUGAGUGCUUUUAUCUUCGACUAUUGUUGGUUAAUGUUACUGGCCCAUUGUCAUUUCAAGAUAUACGUAAAGUGAAUGGGCAACAGUAUACAACGUAUAAAGAUGCAUGCCUUGCACUCGGCUUGCUAGAAGAUGACAAUCAGUGGGAAUGUAUGCUUGCUGAAGCAGCAUUGAACUGUACAACAAUACAAAUUCGUCUACUAUUCGCUAUAGUGUUGACUACAUGUUUUCCAGCCCGAGCAGAGAUAUUGUGGGAUAAUCACAAAGAUUCAAUGACUGAUGAUAUAUUGCAUCAACAUCGUACAUGGUGUAACGAUCUAGCGAUAACAUUCAGCCACGAUAUGUACAAUGAAGCAUUGAUUGCUAUUGAGGAUCUUUGCAUUAUCAUUGCCAACUUACCACUCAGUCAUUUCGGUAUGAAUUCGCCAAAUCGAGGUGCAACUGAUUUAAUGAACACUGAAAUGAAUCGUGAAAUGCAGUACAACACUGUAGAAACGGCGGCGAUUGUUACUCGCAAUGUCCCACUAAUGAAUGAGGAACAAAGAACCAUUUACGACCGCAUUAUGCUCGCAGUUUCAGCAGGACAAGGUGGGUUCUUCUUUUUAGAUGCACCAGGUGGAACUGGCAAGACAUUCCUUAUUUCGCUAAUUCUCGCCAAAAUACGAUCCAAUAAUGGCAUCGCAUUGGCCGUUGCAUCAUCGGGCAUUGCGGCAACUUUAUUGGAUGGAGGCAGAACAGCUCAUUCAGGCUAA